AAUUAGAAUCAGAGUCUUUGAAAUCACUUAAUUAUAACUAUUUCAGUGUUUUAGUCUUUUAGAUCUCCUGGAAGUUUUCUGAGCUUUUUGGUUUUGAAGAUGAAGCUCAUGAUAACAAUAGUCACUUGCUUACUACUUUGGUCAUUGAUGUUACUAUCAUUCUUCAUCAUCUUCAAUCACCAGCUUCUUAAUGCUACAACCAACGGUUCAACGGAUUCCGGAAAACCGAGAGAUAAACUGUUAGGAAGGCUACUUACUGACGAGUUUGAUGAAAAUUCUUGCUUGAGUAGGUAUCAGUCUUCCUUGUAUCGCAAGCCUUCACCAUACAAACCAUCCAGAUAUCUCGUCUCUAAGCUUAGGAGCUACGAGAUGCUUCACAAGCGUUGCGGUCCUGGCACAAAAGCUUACAAGAAAGCAACAGAGAGUCUUGGUGAAAAUUAUUCAAGCAAAUCUGUUGGUGAAUGCAGAUACAUUGUGUGGAUUGCUGUUUAUGGGCUAGGAAACAGAGUACUUACUCUUGCUGCUCUGUUUCUCUAUGCUCUCUUGACUGACAGAAUCAUGCUUGUUGACCAACGCAAGGACAUAAAUGAUCUCUUAUGUGAGCCUUUUCCAGGUACUUCUUGGCUACUCCCUCUGGAUUUUCCACUAACAGAUCAGUUAGAUAGCUUCGACCGGGAAUCUCCUCGUUGUUACGGAACAAUGUUGAAGAAUAAUGCCAUUAACUCGACUACAAUCAUCCACUCGUACCUCUGUCUUUAUCUUAUUCACGAUUACGACGAUUAUGAUAAGAUGUUCUUCUGUGAAAAAGAUCAACUUCUCAUCAGGCAAGUCCCUUGGUUGGUCUUCAACUCAAAUCUUUACUUCAUUCCAUCUCUAUGGUUGAUCCCUAGUUUUCAAUCUGAAUUAAGCAAGCUAUUCCCACAGAAAGAAACCGUCUUUCACCAUUUGGGUCGCUAUCUUUUUCACCCGACUAACCAAGUUUGGGGUAUGAUCACUAGAGCCUACAAUGCGUAUUUAUCAAGAGCUGAUGAGAGACUUGGAAUUCAAGUAAGAGUUUUUAGCAAGCCUGCUGGAUAUUUCCAGCAUGUCAUGGAACAAAUCUUAGCCUGUACACAAAGAGAGAAACUAUUACCUGAAGUGUCUGUCUCAGAAUCACAAGUCACUAAUAAUACAUCAAGAAGCUUGAAACUCAAAGCUGUUCUUGUCACUUCUCUUUACCCAGAGUACUCGGAGAAUCUAAGGCAAAUGUACUGGGAAGGCUCAAGUUCGACAGGAGAGAUAGUACAAGUUUACCAACCAAGCCAAGAAAUGCAUCAGCAAACAGACAAUAAGCUUCACGACCAAAAGGCACUCGCUGAGAUAUAUCUUCUAAGUUUAACUGACCACAUUGUCACGAGCGACUCAUCUACGUUCGGAUACGUUGCUCAAGGUCUUGGAGGAUUAAAGCCAUGGAUACUCUACAAGCCAAAGAACAACACAGCUCCUGAGCGGCUGAGCCACCAUGUGUUCGUGCCGUGUCAAUGGAGCCAUGUUUCCUUAGAGCUCCACUCUAUGGUUGUCAAGCUAAGGAAGAUCUCCAUUAUGAUGAAGCUCACGAUAGCAAUCGCCACUUGCUUAGUACUUUGCUUGGUGCUACUAUUACCAUCCUCCAACAUCUCCAACCGCCACAAGUCUGAUCUUACUACCAACGGUUUAAACAAUUCUGAACGACAAAGUGAGAAACUGCUAGGAGGGCUUCUUGCUUCAGGGUUUGAUGAAAAAUCUUGCUUAAGUAGGUAUGAUCAGUCUAUGAGAAAGCCUUCACUAUACAAACCAUCUGGAUAUCUUGUCUCUAAGCUUAGAAGCUACGAGAUGCUUCACAAGCGUUGCGGUCCUGGCACAAAACCUUACAAGAGAGCUACAAAGCAGCUUGGUCACAACGAAUUAAGAAGCUCUGGUGAUGAAUGUCGGUAUGUAGUGUGGAUGCCUAUGUUUGGUCUGGGAAACAGAAUGCUUUCUCUGGUCUCUGUCUUCCUCUAUGCUCUCUUGACAGAUAGAGUCAUGCUUGUUGACCAACGGAACGAUAUAACUGACCUCUUCUGCGAGCCUUUCCCAGAAACUUCCUGGUUACUCCCUCUAGAUUUUCCAUUGACUGAUCAGUUAGAUGGCUUCAACCGGGAACAUUCGCGCUGUUACGGAACAAUGUUGAAGAAUCAUGCCAUUAACUCAACUACAAUACCGUCACAUCUUUAUCUUGAUAUUUUCCAUGAUUCCAGGGAUCAGGAUAAAAGGUUCUUCUGUGAAGAAGAUCAAGCUUUCCUCGGGAAAGUCCCUUGGCUCGUUGUCAAAUCCAACCUUUACUUUGUUCCAUCUCUUUGGAUGAUUCCAAGUUUCCAAACCAAACUCAUCAAACUAUUCCCACAGAAAGAAACCGUCUUUCACCAUUUGGCUCGCUAUCUUUUUCACCCGACAAACCAAGUUUGGGGUAUGGUCACUAGAUCAUACAAUGCUUACUUAUCAAGAGCAGACGCGAGAGUCGGGAUUCAAGUUCGAGUGUUUAGCAAGCCGGCUGGAUAUUUCCAGCACGUAAUGGACCAGAUCUUAUCCUGCACACAAAGGGAGAAACUGUUGCCUGAAUUGGCUACACCAGAAACUCAAGUCACUAAUACAUCAAGAAGCCUGAAACUUAAAGCUGUCUUGGUCACAUCUCUGCAUCCAGAGUACUCUGAUCACCUAAAGAACAUGUUUUUGGAACAACCAAGUUCCACAGGAGAAAUAAUUGAAGUUUAUCAGCCAAGUGGAGAAAAGAUUCAACAAACAGACAAGAAGCUUCACGACCAAAAGGCACUAGCCGAGAUCUACCUCCUAAGCCUAACCGAUGAACUUGUGACAAGCACAAGGUCUACAUUUGGAUAUGUAGCUCAAGGUCUUGGAGGGUUAAAGCCAUGGAUACUCUACGAGCCAUGGGAAAAGAAAACUCCAAACCCACCAUGUGUUAAGGCCAUGUCGAUGGAGCCUUGUUUUCUUAGAGCCCCGCUCCAUGGUUGUCAGGCUAAGACAAUCAAAAUCACUCCUUUUGUUAGGUUUUGUGAGGAUUGGAAAACAGGGCUUAAGUUAGUUGAUGUCUCAGAUGAACUUUGAUUAUUGUAAGAAUUCAUCUUCUUUUAUGUUCAUCAUGUAUUACCUACAAAUUCCUAAAAACUCGAAAUGAUCAGCAAAUUAAGUGUGUGUAACCUU